UUUUUUUUAAAGAAAUACAUAAUGUAAGAUUUAAAGGUAAAAACAUCUAUGUUUCUUAUAUAAUUAUUUACGGAUUUUAAUUCUGACAGGGGACGUUUCGUGCAGCUUGUAAUGGGACCUGCAGGGACAGGAAAGUCUACUUAUUGUGCUACAAUGAUAAAUCAUUGUCAGAAUAUUGGUCGUUCAGUGCAUUUAAUGAACCUUGAUCCAGCUGCCGAGAAAUUUGAGUAUAGUCCUUCAAUUGACAUUCGGGAUUUAAUCACUUUGGAAGAUGUUAUGGAAGAAUUACAAUUCGGACCUAACGGAGGAUUAAUAUAUUGCCUAGAAUUCUUACUCAAUAAUAUGGAUUGGUUAGAAGAAGAAUUAGGAGAAUACGAAGAUGAUUAUUUAAUCAUCGAUUGCCCAGGUCAGAUUGAACUUUAUACUCACUUUCCAAUUAUGAGACGUAUUUGUGACUGUUUACAGCGAAUGCAUUUUCGUAUUUGUGGGGUAUAUUUGUUGGAAAGUCAAUUUAUUGAGGAUAAUUCAAAAUUCUUCGCUGGAGUGAUGAGUGCCAUGUCAGCAAUGAUCAGUCUUGAGAUACCGCAUAUAAAUGUGUUAUCUAAGAUGGAUUUAUUGGGAAAAGUCAAGAAACAGGAGUUAGAAAGAUAUUUCGACCCUGACCCUUUAUUACUAACAGAUAAAGCAAAUGCCUCAAUGAGUUCGAGAUUUCAUGACUUAAAUAAGGCAAUUGUACAACUAAUUGACGACUAUAACAUGGUCAGUUUUUUACCGUUGAAUAUUACAGAUGAGGAUUCUAUAACAACGAUAAUGUCACACGUCGAUAAUGCACUUCAGUUUGAAGAAGAUCAAGAGCCGAAAGAGCCAAAGGAUACAUUUGAUGUCGAUUACGACGAAUAAUAUUGCAAUAUUUGUUGUAAUAAUAAUAUUUCGUUAUUUCAAUAUUCAGUUAAAUUUUUUUAUUAUUACAAAAAUUUCAAAGUUUCAUAAGUUCCAAGAAGCACACAUAAUUAGAGGAUAAUGAAUAUCUUUAUCAUAGUAUCCUUGUUCUUCUUUCAAACUUCGUUCAUGACAUUGCCAGAUUUUAUCAUCAUAUUUUACCAACAAUUCAACACGAAACUCAUUGAUAGAUUCUAACAAAGUGAUAAAUGCUUGUAAACUAUCACCUCGAUGUGGUGCACAUAAAAUAAACAAACUUUCAUCUGACUUGUCAUUACUGGUUGGCUUCUUUAAGAUAGAACGCACAACAUGAAGAAGGUGGUGAUGUGUCUCUUUAUCAAAGGUGC